AUGGUCCCAAGCCGGGGAAUCCCAGUCUGCCGCCCAGCGGAAUGGGCCAAACACGCGCGCACAAUCCUUGCCUGGCCGUCUCCCAAAGCUGCCCCCUACAAAGAAGACCACGCAGCCCUAUGCCGCGCCACAAACGAUGUAAGCUCCGUCGCAGAGGCCGUUGCUCGUUUUGAGCCCGUGUCCCUCCUAGUCGAUCGGGAGUGUCUACCACGGGCCGAGAAGCGGUUUCGCUCAGCACAUGGCCAUGGGAUACAUGUCCAUUCUCUGGCCGGAGGCGGACUAGACGUGUGGAUGCGAGACAUGGCGCCCACUUUUACAAUUGAGAGAAACAGCACAGGUAGAAAAAGAGAGCUGCGCGGCGUGACGUUCAAUUUCAACGGAUGGGGGAACAAAUCCAGCUCUGAGGCGUACAGCAGCUUUGCGAAGCACUACCUGGCCGAGACGGGGAUUCGACCGCUUUCGUCGUCCAUCACGACCGAGGGCGGCGCCCUGGAAAUAGACGGCGAGGGAACUCUCAUGGCCAGCGAGAGCUCCCUCGUCAACGACAACCGGAAUCCGGGCCAGACCAAGUCUCGGAUCGAGGCCGAGCUUAGUCGCACCCUGGGCGUCACAAAAUUCAUAUGGAUACCGGGCCUUAGAAACGGCGACUCGACGGAUUUCCACAUUGACGCCUACGCGCGUUUUGUUUGCCCGGGCGUAGUUGUCGUAUCGACGCCCAGCGAUACCGAAGAGGCGAGUCUCUGGGUGAGUGCGUACGCCGAAGCUCGCGAGGUCCUGGCCUCAGCGACGGACGCCAAGGGACGCAAGUUGGAAAUCAUGGAGAUGCAGGAGCCGAGAGCAGAAAAAGUUGUGCCGAAGGAGUAUUUAGCCGUCACCAAGCACGAGUUUGGGCACAGGCCGGUGCACAGCUAUGUCAACUUCUUGAUUGUGAAUGGCGGCGUGAUAUUGCCUCAGUUUGGGGACGAGAUGACGGACAAGAGGGCGGUGGAGACGGCGAGGAAGGUAUUUGGAAAGGAGAGGGAGGUGGUUCCCGUUUUGAUUCGCGAAUUGCCUCUUCUGGGGGGUGGAAUCCAUUGCUCUUCCCAAGAGGUGCCGUGUGUAGAGGGCGCGGGUUCCGUUUGA